GUCGGGACGCCGUGUGUGACCGUCGCUGUCGUUUCAGUUACUAACAGACCGUGUGAUCGUUCGCAUUGCAGGCUGUGAAGCGCGAGAAUUGUGCGAGAGAGAGAGAGAGAGAGGGAGGGAGAGAGAGAGUGAGAGAGAAAGAGAAAGAAAAAAGAAAAAUAAAGAGGUGAGAUAGGAAUCGUAGCGAGCGGGGAACAUAAGAAAGAACCGUGGUGCAUAGAAGGAAGAGAAAGAAAUAAAAGUGGAAAAGGAAGGUGAAAAAUAGAGAGGAAGAGUCGAGCGAGAGGGAAAGGGGAAGGGAAAAAAGGGAGAGAAAGAGAGAAAGUACGUUGCGAGCCAUGCUGCAUGGUCUCGCCUGAACAAAGGAAGGCUCCCUCAACCCGAGGGUCGUUUCCGAUCGACGAACCGUCGGUCCCCCUUCGUUUGCCUUCGGCGCGCCUCGUGCGGUGUGUCUAGUAAAGGCAGCAAACGGUCAGUCACGCAGCAGCGGCCGAGCCGUGAGGAACGAAGAACGGAAGAACCAGAGUUCUACGAACAUCGAAAGAAAAAGCGUGCAUCGGUGCACCGGCUUGCCGGUGAAAACAAAGGAAACAGGCAAACAGCGAAAUAAUAUCGUGCUCGCCCUACCGGAAGUUAGUUGGCGACGAUUUCGCUUUUAAGUGGAGAAAGUGGAGGAAAUUUCCUGUUCCUAUCAAAAUCUUUUUUACCGAAAUCGGCUCGGUUUUGUGUACGUUGCAAAGUCGUUCUCGCGUAUCGUUUCGCUCGAAAUCAACGCCGAAAUUCGACCUAAGUGCUAAACAAAUACGGCGUUCUUCGCGCGUGUGUAUUUUUCAAGGUGCUUUCGUUCUCGCGUUCCGAAGCCUGUGGGUCGAACGACAAUCUCGAACAGCGACGGACAGAAAUUGGAUUUUCCGUUGGCAGUUUUGUGCGUGCGUAGUUAACCUAACCGGCAACCUAACCUAACGACCGUUGUGUAAGGGUAGGCGCGCAAUUAUCCGCGAUUAAUCGUUACGCGUACGUGUCGAGAAACCGAUCUUGAUGCGCGUGCUAAAUGGUGGAACAGAAUAGCUGAAUAAAGACGAAAGUGACUACGAGAUCCAUCUUUCCUCGAUUAUAGUACGCCGGCUCUUCGUUCGCCUUUAUUUUUCCUCCUUGAUACGUUUUUGUGUGACAUGUGCCACGAGUACACGGUGCAUGCUUGAGUCGAAGGAUUCUUUGAUCGCAAAACAGCAUUCUUCCGUUCGACUACGUACGGAUUAUCCUCGUAUUUACGGGAUGCCGGUUGACUGAAGAUGGCCUCGCCGACACUCUCGCUGGAAUCGCGCGCGAAUUCCAUCGGAUCCCUAGCCUCGCUGUCCCCGCUUACAGUGAGCGGCAGUUCCCCGCCUGCGAGCGACUCUGCGAUCUGUGACGUCGACAGCUGCGACCUUUGCCUCGACUCGCAGAAACCUGGAGAGGCACCCUGUCCGCGGUGCCGAUUAGGAGGCGCCGGUGGAGUUCGUUGUACCGGUUGCAAGUCCACGGAAUCCGACGCUGUAGCUCGUUGCUUCGACUGUGCGAAUUUUCUCUGCCCAAAUUGCGUGAUGGCGCACCAAUUUAUGCAUUGCUUCGAGGGCCAUCGCGUGCUCAAUCUAGGCGACUCGAAGCUCGAAACGGUGACCACCAGCUCCGCUACCACCGAACUCCCGAAGAACAAUCUGGUGAUCAAUCUUCACGCUAGCGGAAACAGCGAGAAAGUACCUUACUGUCCCCGGCACAAGCAGGAGCAAAAAUACUUCUGCCGUACUUGCACAGCGCUAGUCUGCAAAGAGUGCGCCAUCGCCGAUCAUCCUGGCCCGUUGCAUGACUGCGCGCACAUCUCCGAGGUAGGGUCGCAGCAGCUGGAGGCGAUGGCACGAGUGGUUCAGGAGUGCAAAGCGAAAGCCGCGGACGUGAGAGCUGCCGUGAAGGCAGCCGAUCACGGCGCAGCGCGAUUACAAGUGCAGUAUCACAAGGCGCAGAACGAGAUCAACGACACUUUCCAGUUCUAUCGAUCGAUGCUGGAGGAACGUAAGCAAGAACUGCUGAAGGAGCUGGAAUCGGUCUUCUCCACCAAACAAAUAUCUCUCGGCGUUGUGACGCAGAAAGCCAACGACAUGGCCGACAAGAUGCUGCAGACCUGCGAGUUCGUCGAACGAUUGACCAAGUACGCCACCGUUACCGAAGUGCUGAUGGUGAAGAAGCUUCUCGACUCGAAGCUACAGUUGCUGCUCAGUUACACGCCGGACGUCGCCGGUCAGACUGCCGACCUCGAGUUCGUCAGCAACUACCAGGCCAUUCAGGUAGGCGUGCGAAACACGUUCGGCUACGUUCGUAGCAACAACGAGAGCAACGCCGGCCCGAUCGGCAAACAGCCACCCAUCGCUCGACCAACAGCGAUGUCGAACAACGGGAACGGCGGAAGCAACGCCAACAGUGGAUCUAGUAGCAUCGGUACUUUGGGUGGUUUGCUCCUGGAUCGAUCUUACAGCAACGGCCUGAUAUCAUCCGGCUCUACCUGCGCUUCGUCCACGUCGCCAUCGUCCUUCGAGUCCAAUAGCACGGUGAUCACGAAGCGUUUCAGCUCGGCCAACAGCCUGGGCCCNNNNCCCGCCACAAUCAGCGACCUCACUUUGAACGGUAUAAACGCGAAUCCUUACGAGAAAUGGAGCAACGGAGGCAGCGACGCCUUUCCGGUGGUGUCCACGAACGACCACUUUCCAAUGGCGACGUCCGUCGUUGUGGCAGCGAACGCCGCGUCCUCCGACCCCGUUUUAGACCUGACGUCGAAACUGAUGUCCGCCGCCGUGAUAUUCCCACCGAAGUCGCAGAUCAAGCGACAGAAGAUGAUCUAUCAUUGCAAGUUUGGCGAGUUCGGGGUAAUGGAGGGACAGUUCACCGAGCCGUCCGGGGUCGCGGUGAACGCGCAGAACGACAUUAUCGUGGCCGACACGAACAAUCAUCGAAUCCAAAUAUUCGACAAAGAAGGCAGAUUUAAAUUCCAAUUCGGCGAGUGUGGAAAACGCGACGGCCAGUUGCUGUACCCGAACCGAGUGGCCGUGGUGAAAACGUCCGGCGACAUAAUCGUUACCGAACGCUCGCCGACCCAUCAGAUACAAAUAUACAACCAGUACGGUCAGUUCGUGCGUAAAUUUGGGGCGAACAUCUUGCAGCAUCCGCGCGGUGUAACGGUCGACUCGAAGGGACGCAUAGUCGUCGUGGAAUGCAAAGUGAUGCGCGUGAUAAUUUUCGACCAGACCGGCAACGUGCUUCAGAAGUUCGGCUGCUCGAAGCACCUGGAGUUUCCAAACGGAGUUGUGGUAAACGACAAACAGGAGAUAUUCAUCAGCGACAAUCGCGCGCAUUGCGUGAAGGUGUUCAAUUACGAGGGCGCCUAUCUGCGACAGAUCGGUGGAGAAGGGAUCACCAACUACCCGAUCGGGGUAGGGAUCAACGCCGUCGGCGAGAUACUGAUAGCAGACAAUCAUAAUAACUUCAAUCUGACCAUCUUCACUCAAGACGGUCAACUGGUUUCCGCUCUGGAGAGCAAGGUCAAGCAUGCCCAAUGUUUCGAUGUGGCUUUAAUGGACGACGGAUCGGUCGUGCUAGCCAGCAAGGAUUAUCGACUCUACAUUUAUCGUUACGUACAAGUACCGCCGAUCGGCAUGUAGACCAGCGACAAAUCACGACGCCGACAACGAUCGUCUGUCGUCGUUUUCAUUGUUGUCGUUGUCGUAGUCGUAGUCGUUGUCGUUUUUAUCGCCAUCGUUUCGACGGCCACACAGCCACGAUCUCAUGGAUCUUUUUUUACUUACACUUGCCUAUCUUCUUCUUCACCCACCUACCAUCACCGCUCGCGCUCACUUUACCUAUCCAUCUUCGCCCGCUCGAACCACCACCACCUCACUUCCGUUUACGAAACUCCGAUUACGAGACGAAACAACAAGAUGCAAGCGUACGCGAGCGAACACGCGUUGACCCGACAGCUGUCGAAAUUUCAGACGAUGACAGGCCUUAUUUACACGGACAUGGGCGCGUACGCGCGUGCGACCAAGCUGCGCGCCGACUAGACGAUAACCGGCGAACGAGUUACGUUCUCUGUCGCUUUCACGGACAGGCGUGACGUCUUUCACGCGGGUACGCGCUUCGGACGAUUAACCGCGACGAUUAACCGCGACGAUUAAACGCGACGAUUCUUCGAACGAGGAUUCGAGGAUUUGACGAGAGAAAAAAGACGGGAAAGAAGCCGAUGGUGAAUUUAUGGAAACUCGUAGGGCACUCGACAGCGAAUGGGCGCUUCGUGACACGCACGCGUGCAAACCUCUUGAAAACGCGUACGCGCAGCACGUAUCAGAUGCUCGUACGAAAUGGAGAAACGCAGGCGAGUUUGGAACGCCGAUUUUGUUGCGUGCGGAACGUAGCCGCGCGCGCCUGAAAAAUGAAAAGUCACACGAGACGUGUAGGCGCAUACACGCAGAAAAAUUACUUGUUAAUGUUGUUAUAACUGAAAAUACUGUUGUUGUUGUUUAGUUGUAGAGCUCGCCGCCGCUAGUCACUCCAUCCUCAACCUCACCAACCACCCUUACCCUCCAGCCUCUCCCAUUUUACUCCCUAUCUGUCAGUUCUUGUCGGUUACGUCUCCCUUUUUCCAUGAAAAUACAGGGUGUACCAGUUUCUGUGACAUCGAAACUUUGUCGGUACGUUCCAUGGAUCUAAAUAGGAAAACGAUGUUACGCAAACAUGGGUUGUUUAAAACUUUGCCGAAACGUUACCACGAGAAUACCAGAUACUCGCGGUUACUGGUUGCAACGCGCGAACGAAUCAUCCACAUCUCGCUCUGUUUACGACAAUUAAGUUUACCGAGUUUCUGUCCGAGAUAUGGUAUAAUCGCGCUUAAGUUUCUCCACAAUGCAAAAUCCAGAGUAUUCGAAGGUAUGGCAAUCAUCGAUCUGCCGAUUUUGUGUUUACCUUUAUUUUCGUUUUCCUUCGUUUCGCUAGUAAAAGAAAGAAAAGAAAAAAAGUUUUUUCUCGUAACUUUUCAACAAGAUUGUUAAACCAUCCAUGGUUGUACCGCGUCUAUUCCUUAUUUAGACACUCAAACGUAUUGAAUGUUCGAAAGUUUGGCCGCUAAAAUCCGGAACACCGGAUCCGUUCAUACCCUUGUUCACACUUCCCGCUCCAUUCUCCUUUCCGUGAAUUUCCCGAAGAAAAACC